AUGCUGGUGUGGAGGUUGCUAAUAGGCCGCUCGCUGGUGUGGGGAGCUGAGGCCGUGCAGGCGCUGCGGCGCCUGGGAGUCGGGGGCCGGACGGUUGUGGCGACCCUGCCCCGCGGGCCCCGCCAGAACUCGCGCCUGGGCCUCCCGCUUCUGCUAUUGCCGGAGGAAGCCCGGCUCCUGGCAGAGAUAGGCGCCGUGACGCUUGUCAGCGCCCCGCGCCCGGAUCCCCGCAACCAUGGCUUGGCCCUAGCAUCGUUCAAACGUCAGCAAGAGCAGAGUUUCCAGGAGCAAAGCAAUUUGGCAGCCGAGGCCCGAGAGACCCGGCGUCAGGAGCUCCUAGAGAAGAUCGUAGAGGGCCAGGCUGCAAAGAAGCAGAAGCUGGAGCAGGAUUCAGGGGCGGAUGAAGGCCAAGAAGCCAGUGGGAGCGAAGCUAUCCAAGGGAGUGACACCAGUGAUGAUGGCCAGGCUUCUGCGGAGCAGGAGGGAGCAGACUCGUCAUCUCCCUCAGGCUCUUCAUCUCCCCAACCAGGGCCUUCAAACGGGGUGACCCCCUUGCCCAGGUCAGCCCUGCUCAUCCAGCUGGCCACUGCCAGGCCUCGGCCGGUAAAGGCUAAGCCUCUGGACUGGCGAGUGCAGUCCAAAGACUGGCCCCAUGCUGGCCGCCCUGCCCACGAGCUGCGCUACAGCAUCUACCGAGACCUGUGGGAGAGAGGCUUCUUCCUCAGCGCAGCUGGGAAGUUCGGUGGUGACUUCCUGGUCUAUCCUGGUGACCCGCUGCGAUUCCACGCUCACUACAUUGCUCAGUGCUGGGCUGCUGAGGACCCCAUCCCACUUCAGGACCUGGUCUCUGCUGGCCGCCUGGGAACCAGUGUCAGAAAAACCCUGCUUCUCUGCUCCCCUCAGCCUGAUGGGAAGGUGGUAUACACCUCCCUACAGUGGGCUAGCCUGCAGUAAUUACACUGCAGACUGAGGGGGGUGUGCCUGUGUGUCCAAGAACCCUCCUAGAUGGUCAACUACUCCUCCUCAUCCCCCCAUCUCUGCAUGGAGGCUUGUAUUCUCCCGCCUUGCCUGAUUCCAGAGUUUUGAACACUAAAUAUAGUUUUUUUCCCCGUUUUAAGGCGCUUACUAGCUAUGUUGUUUUAUAUUUGUGUCUCCAAACUGUGAGCUUGUUCAGAGUUGAGAUUGCUCUUAUUUGGCUUUUCUGUUUUCUAAAGGGCAGUUCUCAAUAAUUGUUGAAUAAA